GUCGAGCACGACAAGCAGCCAAGGAUGUGGACUGGGACCGCAUUGAGAGAGACGACGGUGCAGCUGAGCUACUGCGACACAUUCGUGCCAAGCUCGGUGCUCAGCCCAUCCAGGAUGCAGGCAAAUAUCUGGCCCGAUGGAUCUUCGAUCUUCGUCGAGACACUGGAGAGCCAAUGCCGAGCUACAUAAGCAAGAACGAUGAGGCCUACCACGACGUGGUCAAGGGUUUCGACACCGAGUAUUUCAAGAAGCAGCGCACGGCUCGGCUGUCGGCAAGGUCAAAGGAAUGGAACACCCUCUACUCGGAGCUCAACUGGUUCUUGUACAAGAUCGAGCAGGAGGGCCCGGAGGACGCCGCCGACAAGGCCAAGGAGUUGAACCACCAGCUCUGGAACUUCAUCCGGACAGGUCUUGAGGAGAUCCCCGAGCAUCCGGAUUUCGGAACCGACUUCAAACAGGCGAUUCCCCUUGACCGGCUGCGCGGAUGGCUACUGCUGCAGAGAUCAAGACUUUCCCCGACGGAGCGUGCGGCAGUUAUCAGCGCAGUCAAAGGCAACUUCGACUACGACAGCAUCGGCGAGCAGCUAAGAGUAUCUUGGCCAGAUGACGAGCUGACGAACAGAGAUAAGAAGCACGGCAAGGACAACCAUCGCCAUCGCGAGCGAGGUCGGAUCCAUGCCGGCUGGGAGGAGAACAGCGAGGACGACGACGACUACAGCUACUACGAUGGCGACCAGUCGGAGGCCACCUAUGAGGACGCGGACGGCGACGAGGACGAAGGAGAUCCCGAGGAGCCGCUCUACAGCGCCCAGGAGAUCGAGGAGGCCGAGACCGCGUUCGCCGCCCAGCAGCGCAGUUUCGAAGAAGCUCGAGAUCUACUCCGACGAGUGAAGACCGCCAGGAAGUUCUACCCCGUGGGACCCUGUCUGAAGUGCGGCGGCAAUCACGAGACUAAGGAUCACAAAGACCGCGCUUCCUCCACCAGCAGCAAAGAUCGGGAACGACCCAAGCGAGGUUUCGGAGCCCACGUGUUCUUCGGCGCCGAGCAGGACGCCGAGAUGGAGGCGAAUCUCAUCAGGAACGAGACCUCGCGCCUGGAGCUGGAGACGACGCUCAACAAUAAGCCAGUGAUCAAGAAUCGACCGAAGCUUCCGAAGAAACAGCUCGAGAAGACGAUGUACCUAGAGGUGGAGAAAUCCAUCGAGAGGCGGGAGCAAGUCCAUCAUGUGAAACUACCGAGCUGGCCAACCCUGGAGAAGCUAGACGACUGGAUCCUCAUGAGUGUGAAGCAGAGCUCCUCCAAGGGCUUCGGUAUUCUGGACAUCGGCGCGACCUCCAGCAUCAUGGGCAUCGAGGCUGCCGAGAACCUACGCGAUAUCAUCUAUGAGCAGACGGGCAAAAACAUCAAGAUGGACGUUAGCCAGAAGAGUACCUUUAUCUUUGGAGAUGGCAACGCCAAGACCUGCACCGGCAAGGCAACCUUCCCUCUGAUGAUCGCCGGUGUGGACGGCGAGCUCGAGAUAAACAUCCUCGACGCAGAUGCCCCGCUCUUGAUCGGAGUGGAUGUUUUGAGCCGCCUAGGAGCUGUGAUCGACUGCGAGGCGCAUUCUGUCUACUUCAAGAAGCUCGGGCGCCGAGCUGAACUGCUUGUCCUUCCGAGCGGCCUCAGGUACAUCAUCAUCAUUUACGAGUACGGGGGCACCAUCACCAAUUACGCCUACAGCAACAUCAUCAUCAUUUACAAGUACGGGGACAUCAUCACUUACGUCGGGGACAUCAUCACUUCCGUCAGGGACAUCAUCCGUAUCAGACCCGGCUCCAUCACCUACGGCAUUAUCGGAGUUAUCUCCAGAGCCCUGAGCUCCGACAACAUCCAGUUGGUCCUACAUAUUCGCAUGAGCCUCAACCGCGAGGCGAAAUGUCGCAAAGCAGAGAGCCAGCAGAUCAAGCUGGAGAACGAGGAGAUGGAUGGCCCAUGGGAGCAGGACGUGAGGGGCCACAUCUUCUACACGAUCGAGGGCUCGGAGCAGGACAACAGCAUGAAGCGGAUGACGGACACCUUCCUGCAGGAGCACCUACCGAACUGGGAGAUGUGGUCCAGCAAGCUCCUCCAGCAGUGGACGCAGCGCCGUCGCUGGGGACGAAUCAUCCAGAAGGUCUUCAUCAAGACGAUCGACCGUGUGAACUGGAAGCUGGACAGCCUCGGACUACCUGUGCAGUUGCUACCCGAGAGGUACCCGACCUGGCCGGCGGACAUCGAGCAUCGUGCGAAGAUCGAGCCGCGCCAGCCGUGCACGGAGCCGAAGCAGCGCCCCCUGUCCCAGAAGUCAGCAGCCUCAGCAGCCGCGCGCGAGCAGAAUCAAGAGCUGCGAGCCACCAUCGAGACCGCAAAGUUAGAUUUCUUGACCAAGUUUGCGGAGGUGGAUGCGUUUGCAGCGCUGAGCUCGGAGCAGAUCCACGAGCAGCUCAGCAUGGUCACGUUGGUCAACCAUCUCAAGCCGCUGUGCAAGAUGUGGGGACUGACCCAGACUGGCAUGAAGGAGGAGGUGAUCGACAAGAUCAUCGCGUACAUCAUCGAGCAGCGCGGCACGGCGGCAGCGACUAUCCAGAUCAAGAAGGAGACGGAGACCAAGAAGAUGGAGACGACGGCCAUGCCCGUGGGCCCGGCGAUCUCAGCUCACUACACUCAGAUGUGCCAGCACCCGGACUGCAAGCUACGCCGAUGCAUCGCCAAGAACGAGCCGAUCGUGAAGAUGCGGCUCUACGGUUGGUGCCACCAGGCGUGUGCGGUCAGGUCGGCCAUUUUCGGAGCUAUGUGCGCCCUCGCAACCUUCGGCCGCCUGACGAUGGUCGAAGCGUGCACCCACGAGGACUCGAAUCUCGGGAAGGUGUGCGACGAGAAGGGCUACCACUACGAGCGGCUCGGCCUCUUCAACGAGAACGACCUCAGCAAGCCGCAGGGCUACCACAAGGCGAAGUUCCUGCUAGACGAGAAGCGCCCGGAGCUCUUCGUCAGUACACCACCCUGCGGUCCAUGGUCGAUAAUGCAGAACGUCAACCAGCGCAACGAUCAACAGAAGGAGAACCUUCGCAGGAAGCGGCUCAAGAGCCAGCGGAUCUUCGAGAACAACAAGAGGCUCAUCGAGCACCAGGUGCUCAACCUGAACGGCUCGGCCCUCGCCGAGCAGCCCCACAACAGUCGGUCGUGGCAGAAGACCUGCUGGAAGGAUCUCCACAAGAUCCUACCGUACGAGGUGAUCGUGGAUGGCUGCGCCUGCGGACUACGAGCCCCUGACACGGGCGAGCUCAUGAAGAAGCGCUGGAAGUUCCUGACGAAUGACAGGAGGAUCUGGGUAGCCCUACAACCUCUACAGUGCCGUGGAGGACACUACCACGAGGAGAUAGAGAGCAGCUUGAGGACCGAGGCCUCGGGCUCCUACCCCAAGAUGCUGUGCCGCCGGAUCCUCAGGGCUCUGACCAAGAGCCAGAACCAGAACUACUUCGAGGACGAGGUUGUGAACUGCCUCUGCAUGGCAGCUACCCAGCAGCCACCGACAGAGCCUACGCCAGAGGAGGACGAGCCGACUCUUCCACCACGAGACGGCAAGGAAGCGCACAACCUCACCAACGAGAUGGUCAAGAAGCUCGAGAGCUACAUCAGAUUGGUCCAUACCAACCUCGGACACCUACCUCGAGCUCAUCUACUGCGAUACCUUCGCGACCGUGGCGCUCGACCAGAGGUGCUACGUCUGGCCAGAACCUUCAAGUGCGACAUCUGUGACGCACAUCGACCACCUACUAAGCGGCCACCAGCCUCAUCAGCAGAGCAGCCCCAAAACGGUCACGAGGUGCUUUUUGACGCUUUCUCGUGGAUCCGCCGCAGCACGAACACGAACGUGAUGGCGCUGGCGAUACUCGACGCCGGCUCGGACAUCCUCUACGUGCGGCUGAUCGACGAGAAGCCGAUCCCGGGUACGACUCGACAAGUUCGUGCAGGCGACCUUCGGCAUAUCUUUGCUACAAAAUGGUUCCCCUGGAUGGGACGCCCGAAGGUCAUGCGCUACGACCCUGCCGGCAGCGCCAUCUCCGACGAGUUCCGCGAGUGGAUCGAGAGCCAGGGAGUCUACUGUCUCCCAUGCGCGGCCGACGCCCACUGGCAGAUCGGCAAGAUCGAGCGUGCCAUUGAAGCCUUCAAGGAGGCCCUCGACGCUUUCGACGAGAUGGUCUCAGCCGAAGUACCCACCAGCGAGAUGCUCGGACUCCAGACAGCGGCCAGGAACGACCUGAUCAGGAUCGACGGGUUCAGCCCGCUGCAGCGCUAUGCGGGACGGACGCCGACUGGGACGACAGUCAACCUGUCGGACGAGCCGAACAACCUGCCGCUCAUCAGUGCCGAGCUGCAGGACGGCACCUUCAGCAGGGACGCCCAGGUACGACGGAUGGCGCGGCUGGCUCACAUCCAGACCGAGAACUCUGACCGAGCUAAGCGAGCGGAGGCCGCGCGCUUCAGAAGGGACAGCCUCGCUCAAUGCCUGGGCGAGGACGCUGGUACGGACCUGGACGAGUACUUUGUCACGAGCCAGCGAGCUCGGGACAUCGACCUGCCGGGGACCUGGACCUUCGGCGAUGUCCAGAAGCAGCUCGACACUAACGAAGUGAUCGACUUGUCGAACGAGUCCCCGCCCACUGGCGAGGAUUUGGCCGCUGAUGACGGUGAAUCGGUCAGCGCCCGCACCUUCGAGAGCAACGCGAGCGGACCCUGGGCCAUUUCUGAGGUCCAGGAACCUCUCAUCCAGCCAGCGCAGCCAGAAGUUCCACCAGGCAUUCCACAGGAAGACGGCCACGAAGCUGGACUACCCGAAGCAGCUGAGCAGCCCAUCGAGGAGGAGAUCGUCAUGGAAGCCCCUCCCGGCGACGACCAGGAGGAGCGCGCGUCGCAGCGGCCCAUCGUGGCGGAGACUGACGAUGACCUCGACGAUAUCUCAGCGCCCGACGUGAACGAUAAGCGCCGGAUCCGAGAGCCCGGCACAACCGAGCCCCCGGCUAAGAAGCAGCGGGUCAACGCUGCGACCCAGGAGGCCUUCUCCUACUACCUGCAGGAGGGUAACUUCUACAGCGACUAUGCCUACAGUGUCCAGCAGUACGACGAUAUGAAGGAGAACGACGAACUCAUCGUGCUGGACAUCCCUGUCAGCAACGAGCAUGCGUUCAUGGCCUACCUGGACGACCCCAGCAACUUCGUGGCAUCGCAGGCCCGCAAGGGCCGAGUGGAGGUCUCAUUUAAGAAGGCGACGCCUGAGGAGAAGAAGCUGCUACUCGAGGCCCAGCAGAAGGAGUGCACCUCAGUCCUCAGCACGAAGGCCGUCAGGAUCCUCAGCCGACAGGGGAUCGACCCGGCGCGCCUGCUGCGCUGCCGCUUCGUGCUGACCUGGAAGAAGGACACGCUCAAGACGCUGCAGCUGGAGGUGAUACAGUGCGAGCCGUGCGUCUGGGUCAUUCGAGACGGCACGAAGCUGGUCGGCAUGGUUAUCCUACACGUCGACGACAUGAUGAUCGCAGGCGACCAUCACAACUCGGCCUUCCUCAAGAAACGACAGAAGAUACAACAGGCCUUCGAGUGGACACCUUGGGAGAGCCGAGCGUUUGUGCAGUGCGGCAUCAGUAUUCGACAGAAUGAGGACUACACCUGCAGUCUCGCACAGGACAGCUACAGCCUGAACGUGGAGCCCAUCAAGAUACGACGUGGACGCAAGCCCACGGAAGGAGUUUCAGACAAAGAGAGAUCAGAUCUACGAGGCCGACUUGGUACAGUCGGAUGGCGAGCUCAGCAGUCGGCCCCGUGGCUCAGUGCAGAAGUCUCUCUACUUCAAGCGGAGAUACCUACGGCGACGGUCUCUACCAUCCAGAAGAUCAACAAGCUGAUCCGCACCAUGAAUGACACUGCCGACGUGGUCAUGCUCAUCCCGGCCAUCGAGCAGAUCGCUGUGGUUGGCUGGGGCGAUGCUGCCUGGGCCGCUCGUAUCACUGGCGAGUCCCAGGGUGGCGAGAUGAUCGUGCUGGCCCCACUGUCUUUCCUGAGUGGCUCGACAGAGACGGUAGCGCCUAUCUCAUGGAGAUCAUGCAAACUACCGCGAGUGGCCAGAAGCAGUACGAGUGCGGAGGUUCAGAUGAUGACAGAGACCCUCGACGAGAUCAGCUACGUGCGCCUGUUCAUCCACGAGCUAGAGUGCGGCCAAGUGGACUACACCAACAAGCAACACGUGAACGACGCCAUCUCAUCCUGCCCUGGCGUACUGGUCACAGACGGUAAGUCGGGCUACGACGCGAUCGAGAAGAGCGAGUCAGCUGGUCUCGGCCUACGUGAUAAGCGGACGAGCAUCGAGUGUCUAGGCAUUCGACAGCAGAAGGAGCAGACGGCCCUCCAGAUACGCUGGGUCCACAGCGAUGCCAUGCUAGCCGACGGCCUCACCAAGGAUCGAGCCGCCAAGGUCUUGCUGGAGUUCUUCCGGUCAGGUCAGCGCUGGAGACUCGUGGACGACCCCCUGCACCGCAGUGCUAGGAAGCGCAAGACCGAGGGCAUGGACAGGCUGGACCACGGCAAGCCGUUAUCAGCAGAUGACGAUGAAGCGAUGCUGGAGGCCCUGAUCUACUUCGCUCGCGACAAUCCCUACGAUCAGGCGUUGCAGAAGGUGACGAACAGGUCGUACCCGAAGAAGAACGCCAAGAGACCUUGCCAGGGACAGGAGGGGCGGUCAGGGCAGGGCGCCCUGGGCCGCGAG